AUGGCGCCGCCCCGGGCCCCGCGCCUCGCCGGCUGGCAGGAGGAGACCCAGUCGGGGCGAGGGAGGCCGGGCGCCGUGAGCUUCGCGGACGUGGCCGUGUACUUCUCCCCCGAGGAGUGGGGCUGUCUGCGGCCCGCGCAGAGGGCCCUGUACCGGGACGUGAUGCGGGAGACCUACGGCCACCUGGGCGCGCUCGGAUUCGCAGGCCCCAAACCGGCCCUCAUCUCCUGGCUGGAGAGAAAGAAGGAGGUGUGGAGCCCGGAGGCCGAGGAUCCCGAGGAGGGGGCCAGGCACCCAGGAUCUGGGCUAGAAAGCAAGAGAAAGAACGAACCCAGCAGCAAAAUCGGGGCCGAGGAGCUUGAGGAUGCCCCAGGGAGGAACGCGCCACCGGUGGAGGCCAGGCUGGUUCCUAGUUUCAGGGACUUUAGCCAUCCGUUGCCUCAGCCGUCUGCACACCCGGGGCAGCAGUGCACCCAGACUCCCAAGAGGCCCUACCCCUGCCUGGAAUGCAACCGUUCUUUCAGCUACCCCUCCCUCCUAGCCAGCCACCAGCGGGUCCACUCGGGGGAGCGGCCCUUUCCCUGUGGCCAGUGUGGACGUUGCUUCCGCCAAAGAGGCAACCUGGCUGUCCACAUGCGCAUACAUACAGGGGAGAAGCCCUUCUCCUGCCCAGACUGCGGGAGGCUCUUUGCCUACCCCUCCAUGCUGGUCAGGCAUCGGCGAAUCCACUCUGGAGACCGUCCAUACGUCUGUGGACCUUGUGGGGUUCAGUUCUCCCAGAGGGCUCACCUCGUCCAGCACCAGCUGCUCCAUACAGGGGACAAGCCGUAUUCAUGUCCAGACUGCGGCCGCUGCUUCCGCCAGACCGGGGCGCUGGCCAUCCAUAGACACAGACAUGGUGGGGAGAAGCCGUACGUGUGCGCCGAGUGUGGACGCCACUUUACACACCCUUCCCUCUUGGCUAUCCACCAGCGCACCCACACUAGGAAGAAGCCCCAUAUCUGUUCUGACUGUGGUCGGGGCUUUGCCUACCCCUCCCUCCUGACCAAUCACCAACGGGUCCACUCUGGUGAGCGUCCCUACCCUUGUACCCACUGCAGUGCCCGCUUUGCCCAGCAAAAUAACCUGCUCCAGCAUCAGCUCAUUCACACAGGGGAAAAGCCCUACGCGUGCCCCGACUGUGGCCGCUGCUUCCGGCAAAGCGGCUCGCUGGCUAUCCACAGACGCACACAUACAGGGGAGAAGCCCUACUCCUGCCCCGAGUGUGGGCACCAGUUUACCUCUUCCUGCGUCCUCAACAGCCACAGACGCAUCCAUUCUGUUGAGAGGCCCUUCCCUUGUUCCCAGUGUGGGAAAACCUUUAAACGAAAGAGUGCCCUGGAAGCCCACCGAUGGAUCCAUCGUACAGGCGGGACAAGUCAGAGGGGUGACAGACCUCUGUUACCACCCCCAGCCCAGGCUUGUGUCCCUGAGGGUCAGGAACCAUCCGUACACUUCCGACAUUUUCCCGAUAUGUUCCAGUAGUGCGAGUGUCUGAGUAAAGCAGUGUGAAGGAACAAAUGUUUUAAGGUUCUCCCUCAUCAAGGGUUGGAAAGGAGGUGCGCAGAGGGCAAGGGAUAGGAGAGGGGAGAAAAAGGGAAUCAGGCGAAAUGGAGAUGGUGGGGGCUGAGCCACAUCUGGAAUCUAUGAGAGACCUGGGAGCUGAGAGGCAGGACAUCCGGAGUGAAGAACCUGUCAGGAAAAGCAUGAGACUACUUCAGUCUGCUCCCAGCCCGGACUGCUGACCUCUGACCUUUCAGCUCCGGUUUCCCCUGACUCUAGAUCUCAGGAGAACAAACCUCCUUGGACCAGGAGCCGUAAUGUAAGAGGAGGAUCAUAGGCUUUGAACCAGUUUAUCCCAUGUUCAAUCUUGGCUCAUCCCUUGCGUUAUCAACAUCUGACUAUAAAAUGAGUACAUUAAUACUGCCCCUGAGGUGGUUGUAGGAUUAAAUAAUAUAUAUUCAGUCAAAA